AAUUGCAGGACGACCUAUCUCUACCCCUUGCGCCAUUUCUCUUUGAUUUGGUUGUUGUUGAACAUUUUUGUCAAUAAAUACAAGUACAGUACGUUAAUUUUGAGAAAAUAUAAGAAAGGGAAGAACUAGUGUUGAAAUGAGAGACUAACAAGCAGAAGUCACUCUCACGUCACGACGUGUUGGUGGGAUUUGAACUUGAAACCCUUUGCAAGAAACUGUGGAGGUCCGAUCAAAGACCGGCACCAUGUGUGCUCUCCCAGGUGCAGGUGGACAAGGGAAGCGUAAAGAAAUUUACAAGUACGAGGCCCCAUGGACGGUUUACAGUAUGAACUGGAGUAUCCGCCCAGACAAACGAUUCCGGCUGGCCCUCGGGAGCUUCGUAGAGGAAUACAACAAUAAGGUACAAAUAGUGUCCCUGGAUGAAGAAACUUCAGAGUUUACAUCAAAGAGCACAUUUGAUCACCCAUAUCCUACAACCAAAAUAAUGUGGAUCCCUGAUGCUAAAGGGGGAUACCCUGAUUUGCUGGCCACCAGUGGUGACUAUUUACGAGUCUGGAGAGUCAGUGACAAUGAAUCUCGACUGGAAUGUCUCCUCAAUAAUAACAAGAAUUCAGACUUUUGUGCUCCAUUGACUUCUUUUGACUGGAAUGAGGUGGAUCCUAAUCUUUUAGGGACGUCCAGCAUUGAUACAACAUGCACAAUAUGGGGUCUAGAGACAGGACAAGUUCUUGGUCGUGUGAAUGUUGUGUCGGGCCACGUAAAAACUCAGCUGAUUGCCCAUGACAAGGAAGUAUAUGAUAUCGCAUUCAGUAGGGCAGGAGGAGGGAGGGAUAUGUUUGCUAGUGUCGGUGCUGAUGGAUCUGUGCGUAUGUUUGACCUGCGACACCUGGAGCACUCCACCAUUAUAUACGAGGACGCCCAGCACCACCCUCUCCUCCGACUCUGCUGGAACAAACAGGACCCUAACUACCUCGCUACAAUGGCCAUGGAUGCCAUGGAGGUAAUUAUUUUGGAUGUGCGAGUCCCAUGUACCCCUGUAGCUCGCCUGAACAAUCACCGAGCCUGUGUGAAUGGGAUCGCCUGGGCUCCGCACUCCAGCUGCCACAUCUGUACAGCCGCUGACGACCACCAGGCCCUGAUCUGGGACAUCCAGUCAAUGCCCCGGGCUAUUGAGGAUCCUAUUCUGGCAUAUACAGCAGGAGGGGAGAUAAACCAGAUUCAGUGGUCGUCAACACAGCCUGACUGGAUCGCUAUCUGUUAUAAUAACUGUCUCGAAAUCUUACGAGUGUGAAUUAAGGACGGAUAGUGUGUGCUAUUUACAUACAUUUGACUUACAGUUGUUCAUGUAAGAAAUAUUUUAGAAUAGAAAAUCUUAGUGUGUACAGUUAAUUUUGAGGGAGCUAUAAAAACCAAGAAUUGUGUGUCAUUUUUUAAAACUGCAGCAUGUUAUUCCAUAGUAUUUAAAGUGCAUGUACCUACAACUGCAUACACAUAUGACUAGUGUUCAAAGUAAGAAUGUUCUGAAUACUAACUCGGUCUACAGUAUGUUAAACAUUUAUUUUUGUCUGGUAAAAGUCUUUGUUAAUUUGUGCCCUUUUACUUUUUAAAAAGUAGUCUCAUAUUCAUGAGAUUCAGCACUAAUGACCUGACAGAGCUCAGUGUCAUUCAAAGAAUUUUUUUAGUUUUAUUGAAAUUUAGUAAAAAUUUUAUGUGAAGUAUUGUACCGAAUAAAGUUAAAAUACAAAGAUUAACUCAGCUCAGACAAAAUUGAAUAAUUCAAAAAGUCCUACUAUUACAAGACAUCUUAUGGUGACAGUUCCCCAGAGUUUCCGAAUGCAUUUUUUUAUUUCUGAAAUCAUGAGUCCUUUCCCCUUUAUACUGCACUAGGAAUUUUAAAGAAAUAUCUAUGAGAGUAAUGGGAAAAAAAAAAUCAUUGGGUUAAUUCAUACCAAAAGUAUGUGCAUUAUUUGAGGUUGUGUUCAGAAGGCAACUAUUGUAUUACAUGUAGGUUAGAGAUUGUCCCACACAAGGAUUUUUUCCAUGUACAUGUACAUAAUAGGAUUUUGUUUUUGAAAUGAAUAUGUACUUAAUUAUGACUGCAUGAAAUGCAUUGCAUUGAAAAUGUAUUUUCAUAUACAUGUAUUUAUUUUGUCAAUGUUGAGCAUGUAUAUUUGAAUAUUUGUUCUCUGAGUCAGCAGUUAAUAUUGAUGAUUCAGUAGAUUAUUACAUUUUUGAGGGUAGCAGAAACUUAUCAAUUAAAAAUACAUAAAAUGGAAAUUAUUUAUUUGAAAUGUACAAACUUUGUUCAGAUACUUACAUAAUUUUGACAUGUGCAGAAAUGAUUCAUAUCUUAAAAUGUGAAUUUUAAAAUUUCGAAAAAGAAUAGAUAUUGUAUGCAUUAAAGAUAAUUACAAAUAUUUAAAUCUUUCUUAAAAAGAAUAUGUGAGAGCGACAGACACCCAAGUGAUUUUUGUUGUUGUAAAAAGUGAUUUCUUCAACCUCCAGAUUCCAUUUGAUUCAAAACAUUUUAUUUCAAAUUUUAAAUUUUCGAGUUAUUUAAAAAAAAUCACAAUUGAUUCUACAUUAGAGCAAGGUCAAAAUGUAGUGAACAAGGUGUCUUUUUGAAUGCCUCCAUCCUUUUAUACUAUAUUUAUUAUUUACAUAUUUUACUACUGUAAAUGUAUUAUAUUUGGCGUGUACCAUAUUCAUCGGAAAUUAAUUUUUCAACAAGUUAGAGUAGAUUUGAUUCAGCUCUAUUUGAAUGUGCUAGGUAUAAAUGCAAGAUAUACAAGGCAUUUAGCGAUGUACUUGAUUUAGUGGACUCUACUCUCCGCCAAAACUGCUAAAAAGAAUACACCGCUAAAUGUCAUACAUUUACAGUAUUUUGGUAAGCCCCAUGAAGAGAAUCUUUUACAAUGCUUUUUAUUUAUUUAUGCUUUAUAUCUAUCAAAUCUUGUCAUAUAAGAUUAUUUAAUGUUUCUUUUGUAUCCUCUAAAAAGCCCAUUUUUUGCCAUUUUUGGUUCAUAUGUUUAGAUUUCACCAGACACUGAUAAUUUAUGUACAUAUACAUGUAAAUCAACUUUAAUUUUAUUUGUUUAAACUUGUCUUCAAUUAAAAAUAAAAUGGAGUAAGAGAUCAAA